AUGCGUUCACUUUGGGCUUUGUUAGCGCUGGUGGCGUUGGUAACAGCCUAUUCGAGUGAUCGUCAUCAUCAACGACAUCAUUUACAUCGUACAGCUGUUGGGCCGACAAGAAUCCCCUUGAGACGUUUGACCACCAUUCGUGACACUCUUUUCGAAGCCGGAUCCUAUUCCGACUAUUCGAGACUCCGUGAGAAGGCGAUGAAGCAAAAGCUGAAGGCGUACCUCAAUCGUCAAGCAAAGAGCAACGUUUUCAGCCCUGAUGAGCACUUGAGAAACUAUAUGGAUGCUCAAUACUAUGGAGAGAUCUCGAUCGGCACUCCCGCUCAGAACUUCUCGGUGAUCUUCGACACUGGAUCGUCGAACUUGUGGGUGCCAUCGAAGAAAUGCUCGUGGACUGAUAUCGCUUGCUGGUUGCACCAUCGCUAUGACUCGGGCGCCUCAUCCUCCUAUAAGGAGGACGGCAGAAAGAUGGAGCUUCAAUAUGGAACGGGAAGCAUGAAAGGAUUCAUCAGCUUGGACACCGUUUGCGUGUCAGAGCUUUGUGCCACCGAGCAGCCAUUCGCCGAAGCAACCUCGGAGCCGGGAAUCACCUUUGUGGCCGCGAAAUUCGACGGAAUUUUGGGAAUGGGAUACCCAGAAAUCGCUGUUCUUGGAGUCUCUCCCGUUUUCAACACCUUGAUCGAUCAGAAGAAAGUCGCGCAACCUGUCUUUGCUUUCUGGUUGAACAGAGAUCCCCAGGCUGAAGACGGUGGUGAGAUCACUUUGGGUGGCUUGGAUCCAGCUCACUACGUUGAGCCAAUCAACUAUGUGCCGGUGACCCGGAAAGGAUAUUGGCAAUUCAAGAUGGACAAGGUGCUCGGCCGUGACACCAUUGCUUGUGCCAAUGGAUGCCAAGCCAUCGCCGACACUGGAACCUCGCUCAUCGCUGGACCGAAAGCACAGGUUGAAGCCAUCCAGAAUUACAUCGGAGCCGAGCCAUUGAUGAAGGGAGAAUACAUGAUCCCUUGCGACAAGGUGGCAACCCUUCCCGACGUGAGCUUCCAAAUCGGCGGCCAAGUCUACACACUCAAGGGAUACGACUAUGUGCUCAAUGUGACUGCCGCCGGGAAGACGAUUUGCCUCUCUGGAUUUAUGGGUAUCGAUUUGCCACCGAAAGUCGGUGAUCUUUGGAUUUUGGGCGAUGUUUUCAUCGGAAGAUACUAUUCUGUUUUCGACUUUGGACAGGAUCGUGUCGGCUUCGCUCAAGCUAAACAACCCAACGGAAAGGCGGUCUACCCACCCGUUCGCCCGGCUUUGCGCCGCUUUGUUGAUGACUCGGACGAGAGCGAUGAGUUU